GGUGGCCCCUCUAGGUUGGCUGCCGCCUUCCUCUUUCAUUUCGUUUCUUCGCCGAGAACGUUCUGUUACAUUUUAGCGUGAUCCACGUUUCGUGUCACCACGACUUAAAAAAUGCGUUACGUGGCCGCUUAUCUUCUGGCUGUCCUUGGUGGCAAUGUCUCACCUUCCCAGGAUGCCAUCGAGAAGAUCCUCUCCUCGGUGGGAAUUGAGUCGGACGCUGAGAGAGUCAAGAAGAUCAUUGCUGAGCUCAAUGGAAAAUCAAUCGAAGAUUUGAUCGCACAGGGACGUGAGAAACUCUCCUCCAUGCCAGUUGGUGGUGGUGCUGCUGCACCAGCUGCUGCUGCUGCUGCUGGAGCUGCCCCAGCUGCUGAGGAGAAGAAGGAAGACAAGAAGGCCGCCAAAGAGGAAUCCGAGUCCGAGGACGAUGACAUGGGCUUCGGUCUCUUUGACUAAGCAACUACCUGACAGCAAAAAAACAGACUAUUCACUAGCAGAAGUGCAACAUAUGCAUCAUCAGAUAGAUUGUACGUCGUUGCAUCUGCUGCUGAUGAAUAAAUGAUUUUUUUACGA